GUGCGCGGUUACAAUUCCCCAAGUUAUACUCUGUGGCUAGGUCACAGGAAGAGAUAGGUUUCUUUAUAAGUAGGGAACAGGAAUAAAAGAUUUUAUUUUUCACCCGUACAUACUCUUUAACUUAUCUGUAUGAUGUGCCUUGCUAACAAGUGCCUACAAGACAACUGUUAAGACAUGCGAUUCAGCUUGAUUACAUGCGAUCAAUGUGUGAUUCAGCUUGAAGACCCUUUACCUCUAAUACUAUUUGGUAAUUAUUGGGUUAUUAAAUAGCAGAAACCAAUAACAUUUGCUAUAGUUAGAAAUCCCCCUGAAAAGUUUCUAGAGAGUGGGAGGUCCUGGGCCGAGGGGUUGGGAAAGAGUAAAUGCCUUUUUGGUAUGUAAGAGCACAUAGGAAGGAACCAGGUUUUCCAGCCCAGGUGUGGGUGGGGGCGGGCUGACAUGAUAGGGUGAGACAUUAUAAGGUGAGACCAGGGGAGUUUGCCUUAGAACUAAGAGGCAGUAAAGACCUGAAUAUCAUUACCAAAGGCAUAACGGCUUCCAAAGUGCCAUAUAAAUGUGGGAUUUCAGCUUCGGAUUUGCAGUACAGCUUGGAAAUUCAAUUAAUUAAAUUCUUCUGUUAAAGAAUUUUGUAACUGGAAAAACUUGCUCUCAUCUCAAAUAACAUGAUGACAUUCAUUGGGCUCUUCUUCAUCUUAUGGGCAUCAUUUCUGAUAACCUGGGAACAGGGUGAGAGGGAGGGAGAUGCAGCUCCGGUCGCAGCAGUGGGGGAGAGGAGCUCAGCGCGGGAAGGACACGCCAGGUGGAAGAGGAGGUGCCAGGAAGAUCAGGGAGGAGAACUCUUCCUAUCUUUUGCACAGCGCGGGAAAGCUGGAAUGGGAGGAGGAGGAGGAGGAGGAGGAGACGUCCCUCUCCCAGUGACUGGCCGUGUAGGGGAGACUGUCUCACUGACACCCCGUCUGAAUCUGUCACAUCCCAUUGAUAAAGUCACAUGGAUGUUUCAUGUCAAUGGGGAAAAAAUAAUCCUGGCUGAAUUCAGAGACCAGAAGUUUAUCAGAGUGAAUGAGAAUUAUUUCCCCAACCGGCUGGAAGAAUCUAACAGUGGCACCGCAUUACUGAUCAGGGAGCUGAGAAUGGAGGAUUCUGGGAUCUUCACUGCACUGUUUCUUGUUAAUGGAGAAAUGAGAGACAUUUCUUAUAAUCUCACUGUGUUGGAGCCUCUCCCCAUCCCUACACCAGUAAUAAAGAAGACAUUAGAUGGGAAUUCCACUGAUCUCUUCCAUCUUCAUUGUUCUGUCCCAUCAAACUCACCAACCCUGUCCUACAGUUGGACCUACAGAGAUACUGGCACUGACAGACUAUAUGCCAAUGGCAGCACAAUCACUGUAUCACUGAAGGAUAAGGCAUUGGGGGCAGAAUUUACCUGCUGGGUACAGAAUCCUGCUCACAGGAACAAUGUGUCAGUCGUUUUAAAAUCAUGUGAAACUGGAAGAGGUUAUCUUCAGCCCUUAAAAAUUGCCAUGAGUUUGUUCAGUGUUGGACUUGUCUGCCUCAUUAUAGCUGUAUGUUUAGCUGUAUAUAAAGCUGUAUAUAGCAGAAGAAAACAAAUAAUGCAGAAUAUAAAAGAAGAUAUUAUAUACAGGGACAUUUUAUGGCCUGUCUCAACUAUUAAUCUGGGCACGAGUGAGCAAAAUAUAAGCAAUAACCGUACCAUGGGGGAAAACACAGAAUAUACUGUUCUUGUAGCCAAUAAUGGAAUAAAUGGGGAGGAACAGUAGCUCACUGACUCAUUUCCCAUACAGAGACUCCCUAUCCCUAGAAAGUAGCAAAAAUCAGAAUCUAACCAGAUCAAUGUCUAAUUGGCAGUGACUGCAGAUGGAUGGUGGGAAAUUAUCUACUCCAUGGAAUUCUCUACUGCUGGGUGUGAUGUGCUGCAGGGAUGUCGGAUUCUAGCUGCCUAUCAGGGGCUACAUACUGGGGAGAACUACUGGGGCUCAGGCUCACAAUUAUAUCAGUCACUAUACAUUAAUAUGUGUAACUCACUUUCUGUGUUCUGUAAAUAUUCCAGCAGAGAACUGGCAACCGCUGCCUUCUGCCACUUCUGUCUGUGUGCGCUGAUAUAUACACUGGGGCAGGGACUGGUGUAAAUGAUUUAUUAUGCAGGGAUGUGUUGUCGCUAUAUAAAUGUCAGGAAAUAAAUAAAAUAAAUAGGAUCCACUCUGCACACAAAAUGUAUUCCAGAGCAGAAAUGCUAACAUACAGUAUACUUGGUGGAAAUGGUGGAUACAGCAUUAAUUGUUCAGAAGCUUUAGAAUGUCUCUUUCAUCCCUACCUGUUGGCUUCCAUGCACAUGUUGUGAGCAAACAGUAAGACUUACAAGUACUAGGUGCAUGCUUCCCCUGGACUUCUGGUUUGGCGCCUGUGAAGAUGGAGGCUCAGGGAUAAAGUUCCUGUUUCCCAUGGCUCAAAAAUCUGCAUUAAAAAGCUGUUGCAUAUAAAGUUUUACACAUGCAUUCCCCCUGAGGUGGAAGAGAAGCCGAGGUAGUGACAGGCAGACUUUUAACAGUAUCUCUGUUGAGUUUGCAACGUUUGUAAUAGUCUGCUGACAUUGUUUCAGAUGGCCUCUGCUUGAGCCUCGCCUCCUGAGGAGGAAGAGAAGCCUUAUGCAGUAUCAAGUGGACUUUUAACACAUUCCUCAUCGAGUUGCAACAUUUAUUUAUGGAAACACAUUCUCAUACAUCAUAUAUGGCUUCUAAAACAAAUGUUAAAGCAUAUGAAAAAGGAUACAGAAAAAUGAAAAGCAACAAGAUUCAGAUGCUUCCAACAUUUCUUUACCUCACAAACCCAUUUCUCUUAAAACCCCUCUGACUGAGGACUAUUCUCUCAUUGCAGCGGAAUUUGCCAGGCUCAUCAAUCCUGUCAUCGAGGUAACUAUUGAAAAGGCUAUUGAUAAAUUACAAAUAAACAUUACCAACAUCUCUGAGCAACUCAUCAACCAUGAUAAACAUCUUGAUGAAUUUGAUUUAACAGUUUCUCAUAUUUAGAAUAAUACACUGAACUUGCAGUCUCGGCUGGAUCCUUUGGGAAAACAGGCACAAGAGUUAAAAAUGAAACUAGAUGAUCUGGGAAACAGAUCAAGGAGACACAAUCUUAGAUUUAUCGGCAUACCAGAGUCUUUCCAGAAUGACUCUCUGUAUAAUCUUGUCUCCAAAACAAUUCCUCAUAAACUUGGACUUCCUCCAGAAUGUGGCAAUUUUAUGAUUAAAAGAUUACACAGGAUUGGUCCAUUAAAAGACAUUCAAAAGCCAAGACCAAGAGUUGUAAUUGUCAAAUACUUAGACUAUUCUGAGAAAAAUCGAAUUGUUUCAAGCAAACAAAAAAGCUAAAAUGCUAGAUUUAGAAGGAAGAAGAAUGGUUAUUUUUCAGGAUUAUUCACUGUUCCUUUCUCAAAAACAUAAAGAAUUCUCUAAGGUCUGCCAAGCGCUGAUAAACCACAACAUCAACUUUUCUCUAAUGUACCCGGCGAGACUCAAAAUCUUCUUGCCUUCUGGUACAAGAAUCUUUAAUGAUCCUUUUGAAGCAUCCACUUUUGUCAACUAUCUGGAAAGAAAGGAAGACACCAAAACUUCUCUUGAUGGAAAAAUGGACAAUACAUCUAAAAUACACUCUAUUAGCCAGAGAGCCCGCAAAUAUGAUAAACCACGCUAUUCUAAGAUUUCCAAAGAGCUGAAGCCUACUACACUCCAAACUCACCCCAAUUCCAGAUCAAGAUCAAGGUCACCUCAUUCUCUCAGGGGGACUAACCCCUCACAAUCAAAAAUGAAAUGUUAUUUGAAACAUGAUCAGCCAUGCUUAAUUGUGCCAGACAAGGGGAUGCUUUUCUCCUUGAUAACUCUUCUCAUUGAGAGAGUAUUUAGACCUUUAUCCUUUAGGAAAAAAGAAAGUUAUAUAUGAAUAGAUUUUUUUGUUUAAAAUUGUUAUGCCUUUGUAGCUUAUUAUUUUAUCUACCUAAUAUUGUUAUGCUAUUCACAUUAAUUGUUACUAUUGUUGAAUAUUUUUGCCCAGUGGAUGUUAUUAUAAGUAUAUUAGAGUAUCAAAUUCUGCUCUUGCUCAUCUUUUCUGAUAUAAUUCCUACAUAAAUCUUACAUAAAGCUUUAAUUGUGAUAUAGCCCACCUGAAUGAAUCCAACAAGAAAAAGUUAAAAAAGGGUUGGGUAGGAGAAGUUGUUUUUUCUCCAGCAGUUAAUAAAAAAUGUGGUUUAGCUAUUCUGUUUCAAUACAAAUAUUGAUGAGCGAAUUUUUUUGGCAGGCAUGGAUUCGCAGCGAAUUUCCACAUUUGGCCAUUGGCGAAUUGUUUUGUGAAACUUCCGUGAAAAUUCACAUGGAAAAAUUGGUUGCGCAGAAAUUUUUUUUUGUUGCGCAUCGAAUUUGGCGCAUUUACGUCAAAUUGGGAACAGUCGUGUCAAAUCGCCCGCGGCUGCGUCAAAAAGGUCACGGUAGCGUCAGAAAAAAGGGCGCAGUCGUGAUGUGGAUGGCCUCUUGCCAGCUAAGCUGAUUAAGAUAAAAAAAAGUUUUUUUUUUGUC